CUUCAGUGGAGAGUGAAGAAUCAGCUCGUCUUGUUCGCCGCUGAUGAACGCUGCGAUCCUGUCGCUGAAUCCGGCGGGCCUGCUGACUAUGCCCCGGAGCCCCACCUCUAGUGAGGAUGAGAUGGCCCAGAGCUUUUCCGACUACUCAGACGACUGUGCCUCCGACAGCUCCCGCGAAGAAACCAUUUACGAGACCAUAAGGGCCACGGCCGAGCCAUCGCAGAGCCGCAUGGACGACAUUCACAUAAACUCGCUGGUCGUCCGCAUCCUCAUCCCCGACCUGCAGCAGACGAAAUGCAUGCGGUUCAACCCGGACGCGACGGUGUGGGUCGCCAAGCAGCGGAUCCUGUGUACGCUCAAUCAGAGCCUCAAAGACGUUCUCAACUACGGGCUGUUCCAGCCAGCCAGCAACGGGAGGGACGGCAAGUUCCUGGAUGAAGAACGCAUCCUUCGAGAGUAUCCUCAGCCAAUCAGCAAGGGCGUCCCUGCUCUGGAGUUCCGCUACAAGAGCCGAGUGUACAGGCAGCCCAACGUGGACGAGAAGCAGAUCGCCAAACUUCACACAAAGGCCAAUCUGAGGAAGUUCAUGGACCUGAUCCAGCACAGUCAGGUGGACAAAGUGUCCAAGUUCUUGGAAAGAGGCUUCGAUCCAAACUACCACGACAGUGACACUGGUGAGAGUCCGCUGACAUUUGCUGCUCACCUGGACAAUGUGGUGGAGAUCAUCAAGGUCCUGAAGAACGGAGGAGCUCACCUGGACUUCAGAGCCAAAGACGGCAUGACUGCGCUCCACAAAGCCGCCCGGUCCAAGAACCAGGUCACGCUCACGACUCUGCUGGAGUUGGGAGCCUCCCCGGACUACAAGGACAGCCGUGGUCUGACUCCUCUGUAUCACAGCGUGGUGGUGGGAGGAGACCCGGGCUGCUGCGAGCUGCUGCUGAACCACCACGCCGUCGUCUGCUGCCAGGACGAGAACGGCUGGCAUGAAGUUCACCAGGCGUGUCGUCACGGUCAUGUGCAGCACCUGGAGCAUCUGCUGUUCUACGGAGCAGACAUGAGCGCCCAGAACGCCUCGGGGAACACGGCUCUGCACAUCUGUGCCCUCUACAACCAGGAUAACUGUGCCAGAGUGCUGCUUGUUCGUGGAGCCGACAAAGAAGUGAAGAACUACAACAGCCAGAGUCCAUUUCAGGAACGCCCCGACCACAUUCACACCUGCUGCCUCAGUCUGAUCCGUCUCCAGGGAGCGAUGGAGGCUCACGGCCUCUCAGUGGAGGUGAUGAGGGACAGUGCUGCUCUUUAA